AUGACCUCUGAGCUGGAGAGCAGCCUGACCUCAAUGGACUGGCUCCCCCAGUUGAGCAUGAGGGCAGCCAUCCAGAAGGCGGACACGGGACACCACCUCAGCCACCAUCACGGCCACCUCCACCACCACGGUCACCAUCACGGGCAAGGGCCUGGCAAAAAAAUCGUUCAUCUGGACCCGGGGACGACGCUGGACCAGGAGGAGGCUGCACAGCACAGAGAUGGCAAACCGCCCUACAGCUACGCCAGUCUCAUCACCUUCGCCAUCAAUGGCUCGCCGCGCAAACGGAUGACCCUCAGUGAGAUCUAUCAGUGGAUCUGUGACAACUUCCCCUACUACCGAGAGGCGGGCAGCGGCUGGAAGAAUUCUAUACGACACAACCUGUCCUUGAACAAGUGUUUUCUCAAAGUGCCUCGCUCCAAAGACGACCCUGGAAAAGGUUCCUACUGGGCCAUAGAUACCAACCCUAAAGAAGACACAGUUCCCAGCAGGCCCAAGAAAAGACCACGAUCUGGAGAAAGGGCAUCUACUCCGUACAGCCUGGAGUCGGAGUCUCUGAGGAUGGACUGCAUCAUGUCAGGUGGGGCGUCUCCCACUCUGGCCAUCAAUGCUGUAACCAACAAGGUAGCGCUGUACAACCCCGAGGCAGAAGGCAGUGAGAGCCCCGGGAGUCUGGGCGGCAGCCUGAGCAACAGUCUCUCAGAGCAGAGUUUGGCGUCUGUCAACCUUAACAACCUGAACACAGCCGUCAGCGGCAGCAGCAGCAGCGUACACAGCUACACACCAGUGAGUUCCCACUCGGAGCCGUCGUCCCAGUCCCUGAGCCUCCAGCCGCCGCCGCCUCCCCCUCCUCCCCCACAGCCCCAGUACGGCCUGCCCGUCCCGGAGGCGCGGGACAAGCCGCUCUGCUUCUCGGACUUCGAGGACCUCAGCGCUUCGUUCCGCAGUCUCUACAAGUGUGUCUUCGAGCAGUCCUUCUCACAGCAAGGUUUGAUGGGAAUGCCCGGUGACUCCAGCCAGCAGGCCCGGACCGCCUGCUCAUACCAGCACUCCCCCGGUGCGGGAAGCAGCGGUGGUCACCACCUCCAAAACAACCACGGCCAAGCGUUGCACCACCCCUUACACCCCCACCACCCUCAGCAGCACCUCUCCCCUCACUCCACCCACGGCCAGCACCAGGCGCACAGUCCACACGGUCAGCACCAACAGCACCCUGCACACUCCCUGCAGCACCCGUCUCUCUCCCACCAGAGUCACACCGGGCAGACCUGCCCCACAACAGGCAUUUCAUCAGACUGGUAUCCCAACCUGGACUGGCUGAAGGAGAGCUGCCGCAUUGCUACCAGCUACAACUGGGCCGACGUUGACCUCUCCCCGUUUCAAGGUCUGAAGGAGAACAUGCGUCAGGCCGAGCUCAACAACUGGUCGCUGGACGCCGCCCAGAUGGCCGACCUGUGCUCCUCCAUCAACCAGUUCUUCACGGCCACGGGGGUCAUCCCCCCUCAGGGCGCCACCCACCCACAAGCUCAGGUCCAACACCCGACACCACCAGGGGCGCCGCAGCACCCGGCUCAGCCGCACGGGGCCAUGCACCCGAAGGCCAGCCAGCACCAUCAGCACGGGCAACACAACCAACACAGCCAACACAUCAGCACAGGGAACAUGUACAUGGACUCGAGACAGAACAUUUCCUCUCUGAUGGGCCCACCACCAGGAUACCCCCACAUGCCUCCUAUGAGCAACACGGCCCCGACCAUGACAGGUCACCACAGCCAGCUGAGCCAGCAGCAUGCGCUGCCUCCGGGACACUUUCAGGUGAGACGCAUGCUCGCCGCAGACGACAUCCAGGACGACUUUGACUGGGACUCCAUUGUUUAAAUGGAGCCGUAAGUUGGACAGAGACAAUGAAGGUAGAGGGACAUGAAGACGUCAUGUGAUGACAGGUGAGGUAAGGAACCUGCACACCUGCUCCUGACACCGGUGUAACAAAACACAAGACAAUCCACCAGAAAAAAAACCGAAAGAUUUAUUUUCCUGUGAUCUUGCUGGCUUUUUAUUUCUGGCUCAACUGGUCGAUGACUCUAAAGACAAUCAAAUCAAACAAAUGAGACUUAAAAAACGGGAUUGGACCGAAUCAAGACGCAAAGGACACAUCUUUCAGAGCAGGAGGACGGCGGCGGCUCUCUGAACUGUCUCAUAUUGUGUGUGUGUGUGUGUGUCUCAGCGCCAACAGGGUUACAAGUCGCCAAAGUGUUGUCGAAUCGUCUGUGAAUUAUUUACCCUUCGUUUUCUUACAUCUUUUUAUGUUUCCCGCUGCAACUUGUGUCCCGUGUCGGUGAAAUCCCAGCUCCUGUGGCUGAUCUGAAAAAAAUAUAUAUAACUCUCCUACACACACUGCACUGGUUUUAUGAAUUACAUCCUUCUUUCUCUUUGUAUCAUUUCGUUGUUCACUAAUACUGAACAACUUCAGCUCCUGUCCAAUGACUUUUUGAAAAAAAGCAGCAGAGCGCCCCCUGCUGGUUAAUCACGGCCACCAUUUUGCUUCCUCUGCCUCAAAGAUUGUUCUAUGCACCACAAUCUGUUUUUAGUUCUGUCACAAUGUUCAUCGAUUCUAAACUUCAACGUCUUUUUUUGUGGGACAGUCCAUGGUGCCAUGUUCUCAGGGUGUUGCAUCCGUUACCAUCAUCACAUCUCUGCCGUUUCUGUGUGAGGUCGACUGUGCCGUGAGCAAGUGUCCGGGUGAGAAGUCCCAAAUCGUCAUUUGUCAGCUUAUAAGCUUAACAGUGUGAAAUGAUAUGGCCACUGAUUGAAAUAGAAAAGACACUCGGACUUCGCUGAGGUAUAAUCCAUUUUAAGGAAACAUGCAUAUCACUCGGGAGCAGGCAGAGGAGACCGGCUGUGACACGCCUCAUCUCGGAGAAGAUGAGCAUUGUUUUUGUUUUUUUUAUUUGCACAACGUGAAGCUCGACAGCAUCUGGCAAAAGAAAAACAUUUGAUUUCUUUGUUUCAAAAGACAUUCAGAAAAAGAAUAUAGAGCAGCAAAAGAGCAACGCAAAAGUUUGAGAUACUCAACUUUUUUUUUUUACUGUGAUGUUUACUUUUGUCUUUGUGUACAAGUGUGUGUUGUCCUCUCUGAUUUCCUUUGGCUCCAUACAGCUAAAAAAAAGACACAUAAAGAGACCAAUACUUUGUUUGUAUUACGUGGGUACGCAGGAAGAUCUCAGUGAUAUUCGGUUGGUCAAAAAUAAGGUCUCGCUAUAGAAAAAAAAUAAAAAAUACUCUGUAUUAUUGCCAUUAAAUGCUGUAUUACAGUGACCAGCAUAUAUAUCUUGUAUGUUUGUGUGUUGUUGUCCUUGUAAAUAACAGUAUGUUCCCCCUGUUUGCCCUUGAAAAACACAGACCGAUGAAAACAACGAAUGGAGAGAAAGUAUUUUGUUAUCCGUCCUUCGGGGGACAUACCAUGUACAUACCGUCAGUAUAUUGUAAAUAAGUGGUAAAAGAGAAAAAAAACAGGAACAACUUUGGCGUUUUGUGUGUCAUAAAUAAUCUGUGUAUGGCGGUUCAACAGUUAAAUUCUGUUUCAGUGUUUAUUAAAAAUGUCAUUGACCAUUUUUACUGCGAAA